CAACUUUUACCCAGAGCCCGCUUCGACGCUUGCCUUCACUCUCCUUGCGCGUCUGCCUCCUGUUCCUCCCCCCCAUAAAGACUCAACGAGCCUCCGCUGUAGCGUGUCCCGUUAAUAAGUUCUCCUUUCGCAUCCACUAACGGAGGCAACCGCAAUGGCACUCAAUCCACAGGUGACGAACCUCAUCAUUAUCUUGGGGUUCAUGCAAAUUUCCAAGAAGAUACCCUUCGACGACCCGAACGUCCUGAACGGCGUGCGCGCCCUCUACGUCCUCUCCAACGUCAUCAUCGCCGGCAUCUACUUCUACGUGCAGGCGCAGAUAAACAAGAAGAAUGACAUGACCGUCGUCAAGUACGUCGAACCCGCCCCCAUGGGCUCCGGGGAAGACCCCAAAUUCGUUGCCACCACCGUCAAAGCCUACGAUCUCCAGCAACUCAAGGCGCUCUUCAAGGCGCAGAUGAUGGGCAUCGGCAUGAUGGCUGUCAUGCACUUCUACUUCAAGUACACGAACCCACUCCUCAUCCAAUCCAUCAUCCCGCUCAAGGGGGCCUUCGAGGGCAAUCUGAUCAAGAUCCACCUGUUGGGUCAAUCCGCGACGGGCGACUUGCUGAGGCCAUGGAAAGCGGCUGGCGGCCUUAUGGGCGCCAUGUCAGGUGGGGAGAUUAAGACGGACAAGAAGAGCAUUGAGGCGGCUGAGAGGGCCGGCCGCGGGGGCGUUAAGGAUGAGUAGAUACUCCCAAGAGUCUUCGUUCUACUUCAUAUAGCAGAUGACUCAAGUGAUCCGUCUGCUUGAUUAAGACUAUAUUGGCUUAUCCUAGAUCAUCAAUUGGGAGCAUUCCCCACUUGUGUUAGCACCAGAAAUUCGUCCGCGAUUACGAAUUGUACAAUUACAUAGACUAAUGAUUCGCG